AUGAAAGCCAACGAUGGCGACGAAGUCGUUGCCCCGACGAAACUUCCCUACUGGCGCCUGGUUGCUGACCAAGCUGGAGUCACAUCAGAAGUACUCAACUACCAAUAUGCUGGCUCGGGUACCGAAGAAGAUCCGUUUCUAGUCCAAUGGAUUCCCAACGAUCCUCGAAAUCCAAUGGGAUGGAGCAGACCAAAAAAGUGGUUCAUCACAAUGAUGGUGUCCCUCACGACACUGGCGGUGGCUCUUCUCUCGUCCGCCUACACCGGAGGUAUCCGAGAAAUAAUUCAAGAGUUUGGAAUCUCCCAGAUAGUUGCUACUCUUGGCGUCUCACUCUUCGUGCUCGGCUUUGCUAUCGGACCACUCAUGUGGGCUCCUCUAAGCGAGUUGUUUGGGCGGCAGUACCUCUUCUUUGGCACGUAUGCAGUGCUGACGGCAUUCAACGCUGGCUGCGCCGGGGCGAAUAGUGCUGCGACUUUGAUCGUCCUGCGCUUCUUCGCGGGUGCCUUCGGAUCAUCCCCUCUCGCGAACUCGGGCGGCGUCAUCGCAGAUAUGUUCCCGGCAGCUGAGAGGGGUUUGGCAAUGGCACUAUUCGCAGCCGCGCCCUUCCUCGGCCCUGUACUCGGUCCCAUCAUCGGUGGAUUUCUGGGCCAGGCAGCAGGCUGGCGCUGGGUCAUGGGAUUCUUGGCGGCCUUCUCUGGGACUCUUUGGCUUCUGGGGACCGCUCUUGUUCCCGAGACCUAUGCUCCAUACUUGCUUCGACAGCGGGCGGCGAAACUAUCAAAGAUGACGGGAAAAUGCUACGUGAGCAAGAUGGAGCAUGAUCAGGGCAAAGUCAAUCUCGGAGAGUCUUUCAGAAACGCGCUGCUGCGUCCUUGGAUAUUGUUAUUCCGGGAGCCGAUUGUCCUGCUUCUAUCGCUCUAUAUGGCCAUCAUCUACGGAACGCUCUACAUGCUUUUCGCAGCCUUCCCCAUUGUGUAUCAACAAGAACGAGGGUGGUCUCAAGGCAUCGGCGGCUUAGCGUUUCUGGGCGUGAUGGUAGGUAUGAUCUUUGCCAUUAUCUACACAAUCCCGGAAAAUGGGCGGUAUCAACGUGUGCAAGCAAAAAACAACGGCUUUGCGCCACCAGAAACCCGACUUCCCCCAGCAAUGACCGGUUGCAUCGCUGUUCCUAUUGGCCUGUUCUGGUUUGCUUGGACAAACCAGACAUCGAUCCAUUGGGCUGUCAGUAUCGCUGCCGGAAUUCCUUUUGGGUUCGGAAUGGUGUUGCUCUUCUUGAGCAUCAUGAACUAUCUUAUUGACGCUUACACAAUCUUUGCGGCGUCUGUCCUUGCCGCCAACUCAGUCAUCCGCAGCUGUUUUGGCGCCGCAUUUCCUCUCUUCACGUCGUACAUGUACGCGGACCUUGGUACCAACUGGGCGUCCUCGAUCCCGGCGUUCCUGGCCCUUGCAUGUGUGCCGUUUCCAUUCCUGUUCUACAAGUAUGGAGCCGCAAUCCGGUCUCGUUGCAAGUUCGCUGCAGAGUCCGAAGCUUUCAUGGCUCGGCUGCGCCAAGAAGACUCAAGCUCGGAGGGAGAGGAACCUGGGCACACAGGAUCUUCGGAAGCUGUGGACGACACCGAAAAGACAGCGGAUGAACCGGCGUAUGCCAGCCGGAACGCACAGCGACGUCGAUCUUUGAGUGGUGGUACAGCGGUUUCUACACACCGCAAGUCUUACGAUGGUAACCCGUACGACAUUGACAGAGUCAACACCAGAGAGUCGUUCGGACGAAAUUGA